AUGGUGGCUAAGUCAUCCUUUGGGAUAACUUGGCUGAUUGCGCUGUCCAAUUUCAACUCUUCCGCACCCCUCUCAGCACAAUACGUUGCCCACGUGUCACAUUUUUUUGGUGACUGCGGGCUCUGCUGCUGCCCUCUUCCCUGCUUACACUUCUCUGCAUCUCUCGAAACCCUUUCCCUCCUCCUCCAUGCUUCCGCCUCCCCACGGUCCCACCCUACACGCUCAGGGCACAAAGAAGUACCCACAUGGGGCGGACUUCUGGCGGCGCCGGGCGCACCUGCUGGCGUCCAUGGGGAGGCAGGCAGACUGAUGAAGGCAGGCUUACUCACCUGCUGCUCUCCUCCCUGCUUACACUCCUCUGCUUCUCUCAAACCCCCACGCCUCUCAGGGCACAGAGCGCUACCCACUUGUGGCGGACUUCUGGCGGCGCCGCGCGCACCUGCUGGCGUCCAUGGGGAGGCAGGCAGACUGAUGAAGGCAGGCUUACUCACCUGCUGCUCUCCUCCCUGCUUACACUCCUCUGCUUCUCUCAAACCCCCACGCCUCUCAGGGCACAGAGCGCUACCCACUUGUGGUGGACUUCUGGCGGCGCCGCGCGCACCUGCUGGCGUCCAUGGGGAGGCAGGCAGACUGAUGAAGGCAGGCUUACUCACCUGCUGCUCUCCUCCCUGCUUACACUCCUCUGCUUCUCUCAAACCCCCACGCCUCUCAGGGCACAGAGCGCUACCCACUUGUGGCGGACUUCUGGCGGCGCCGCGCGCACCUGCUGGCGUCCAUGGGGAGGCAGGCAGACUGAUGAAGGCAGGCUUACUCACCUGCUGCUCUCCUCCCUGCUUACACUCCUCUGCUUCUCUCAAACCCCCACGCCUCUCAGGGCACAGAGCGCUACCCACUUGUGGCGGACUUCUGGCGGCGCCGCGCGCACCUGCUGGCGUCCAUGGGGAGGCAGGCAGACUGAUGAAGGCAGGCUUACUCACCUGCUGCUCUCCUCCCUGCUUACACUCCUCUGCUUCUCUCAAACCCCCACGCCUCUCAGGGCACAGAGCGCUACCCACUUGUGGCGGACUUCUGGCGGCGCCGCGCGCACCUGCUGGCGUCCAUGGGGAGGCAGGCAGACUGAUGAAGGCAGGCUUACUCACCUGCUGCUCUCCUCCCUGCUUACACUCCUCUGCUUCUCUCAAACCCCCACGCCUCUCAGGGCACAGAGCGCUACCCACUUGUGGCGGACUUCUGGCGGCGCCGCGCGCACCUGCUGGCGGCACAGAGCGCUACCCACUUGUGGCGGACUUCUGGCGGCGCCGCGCGCACCUGCUGGCGUCCAUGGGGAGGCAGGCAGACGCCCUGAGCGACUACUCUCGUGCUCUAGAACUCGAGCCUAACCACCCUGAGACGAUACAGGAAAGAGGAGUGCUGGCCUUCCAGGCGGGUGACUUCUGGACGGCAAUCAGCGACCUCUCUGCCGCACUCAAGCGCCAACCCAAGGACCCCAUGCUCAUCCGUGCCGUGGCCCUAAGCUAUGGAGGAGCAGGUCAGUGGAGGGACGCGGUUGAGGUGAUGGAGGAGGCAGUGAGGCGGCACCCAGGGGUGGCGCUGCUGUGGAGUGACAAGGGCCGCGCGCACAAGGAGUUGGGCCAGGCGGACCUUGCAGUGGCUGCACUGCACAAGGCUCUAGCGCUGGAAGAGUCACCAGAGGCAUAUCUACGCCUGGGCCUUCAGUUGCAAAGCAUUGGGGACCACAGAGACGCCAUCAAGUACGCCCAUAAGGGGCUGAAGCUCAAGCCAAUGGACAUUGAGCUCAAUUACCUGGAAGCUUCCUCGCUGCAUGCAGUCGGGGACUACAAUGCUGCAAUAAAGCAGUACAGUGUGAUUCUAACUCUGCCCUCUCAGGCAGCCAGCGAGUAUGCGCAAGUCCAGCAGUCCUUGGCCUUCUAUCAGAGGGACAUUGCCACGUACACGUGGUCCAAGCUCGCCCGCCCCUUCAUUGACUUCCAAAUCGACCAAGAUCUCGAUACCAACUUCAAGGAAGCCUGGAUCCGCCGGCUACCACCCACAGUGCUGCCCCGCUCAUACCACCCCCUAGACCUCCCUCCAGGCGCCAGGAGCAAAGGCGAAUCCCCUGGCCUUCCUGAGCUGUCAGAGGGGGCACUUGAGAUUAUCGCCAGGGCGGAUGAGAUUGGGAAGCGGACGCAGUACUUUCUGGACGGCUUCAUGCCCAACAAGCGGCAGUUCCGCAUGGCAGGGCUGGCAGCAUUGGAUGUGAUGCAGCAGGUUCGGACUGCAUGGGAGGAGAUGGCACAGGAGGGUGAAGGGGGCGAGGAAGGAGAGGGAGGAGCAGUAGAAAAAGGGAAAGAGAAGGGGCAAGGGGAUGAGGACGACGGGAACGAGAUCGAGAGGGGGUAUGGAGGCCUGACAGCUCUCCAGGUGGGCCAGAUGCAGAACGUCAAGUACUACCCACUCACGGACAGAACGUUGGAGGUGGUGAAGCAGCGGCUGCUGGAGGCAGAGGAAGCUGUCAAUGCGACGGGCAUGACCAUGAGCUCCAAGAGCGUGCAUGGCCUCAUGGGAGCGGCUCUCGGAGGCAAGUUCAGCAUUCCAAGGGCCGUCUAUGGUGAAAAGAUCAAGCAGGCAGAGACUGUGCAGGAGCUCCAUACAGCUGUGGGCUGUGACUUCUUCAUCAACUCACAGUGCCUCAGCGAAGCCAUUCCAGGAAAAGCUAUUCUCGGGACAGAGUUCUCCAUUGUCGCAUCCGCUCGGUCGUUUGACUUUGCCAUCCGCACGUCAGUGGACCGGCCGCGAUGGAAGCACCUAGACUUGGAGCUCACAGCAGCAUGGGAGGUGCUGUGUGCGGCAGUGCUGGACGCACACACAGAAGCAGUGGACCCGCAUCGCUACCGCCAGAGGAUUCAAGACGCCAUCCUAAAACUGGGGUACUUCUGGCCUUCUGCGAUGGCGCCGUCGCUUCGUGCGAUCCGUGCGACGUUCGUGUGCCUGUCGCUGAACCUGACGCUGUGCAAUGUCUUCACCGGACGCUACUAUACCGCGUCGAAUCUCGCCUCUCCCGCAACUCGCAAUCCUGAAGCUGAAUCGGCGGAAGCAGCGGGGUUCGUGCUGCCGAGCUCGGCGCGCAGCUGCGACGACGAUGAGAGGAUCAGCGGAGCCACUGGAACCAAGCUGUUCAAACUCCUUUCUCCGCCUUCCCCUUCUGCUCCCCCUCCCCCCGCCUGCGAUUCCCCCUCUUCUGGCCGCGGGGGGAAGCUGCUGCUGGGGGGAGCGGACCUGUGCGCCCUGAUGCGCGCGGAUGGGGGGAAGAGUGGCUUGGCUGGCGGUGGGGGAAAGGGAGCUGCGGAGGAGAGCAAGGGGGGGCGCAGAGGAGCGGUGGGGAGUUCAGAAGCAAACGUUGAGAAGGGGGGGAAGAGAGGAGAUGCGUCGGAAAGAGGGGGACAUGGGGGGGCGCAGAAGAAGGGACGUGGGGGCAGUGGGGCCCAAAAAGGGCAUGAAACGACCAGGAGGCGCGAGGGAGAGGAGGAGGGUGAGGAGGAGAGUGACAGGGGAUUGAAAGGAAGGGAAGGAGUGAAGAAAGGGAGGGAGCAGGCGAAGCCGACAGUCAAGGGAAGUGAAAGCAGGGAUGAGAAGGGGAGUGGUGGUGGUAGUGGUGGGGCUGGGGAAAAGGGGAGAGGGGGCAAGGGGAAGGAAGGGGGGCGUGAGAAGGAGAAGCAAGGCGGGCAUGUGAACAAGGAGAUGAUGAUUCGAGCAGCCAUCAGCAUGAUGCAAGCCAAGAAGUUCCAGGAAGCGAUCAACCUCUUUAACCAGGUGGAAGCGGAGGGCGGCGAGCUGUCAGACCAGCUGUUCAUCGGCAGGGGCCUCUGCCACCUGAUGCUCAAGCGCCUGGACGAAGCAGAAGACGACUUUACAGAGGGCAUUCAGCGCUUCCCCAGGAGUGCAGAGCUGUACCGGCGGAGGGCCAUGCUGUACAUUGAGAGGAACGAGCGUGAGACGGCAGUGGAGGAUCUGAGCCGGUCGCUGGAAAUAGAGCCUGACAACCAGGACGCCCUGCAGCACCGAGGCAUCAUCGCCUUCCACAUACACCUGUACAGCAUGGCCAUCGCUGAUCUCUCCAGGGCGCUUGACAUGCGCCCCAUGGAUGCCUACCUCAUCCGUGCCAAGGGCAUAGCCCUGGCAGGGGCAGGGCAGUGGCGCAACGCGAGUGCCGUGUUUGCGGAGGCGGUGAAACGCCACCCGAUGUCGGCGCACCUGUGGACGGAGAAGGGCCGCGUGCACAAGGAGCUGGGGGAGGUUGACCUGGCUCUUGCUGCCCUUCACAAGGCUCUGGCGCUGGAAGACACCCUGGAGGCGUACAUCCGCCUCACGUCCCUCAUGCAGCUAGUGGGCCGCCACAGGGAGGUGAUAAGCACAGCGAGGAGGGGAUUGAAGCUCAACCCCAACGACAUCGAGCUCAACUACCUGGAAGCUUCUGCACACCAUGCACUGGGUGACUUCGAGGCAGCACUGCAUCAGUACUCCAACAUCCUCGGCCUCUCGCCCACAGACAGCAACACUGGCACUCUCCAGGGCAUGGCGUUCUACCAGAGGGAGAUAGCAGCCUACACGCUAUCCAAGCUGGACCUUCCCUUUUCUCAGUUCCGCCUGGACUAUGAGCUCCACAACGAGCUCAAGGAAGCAUGGGUGCGAAAGCAGUCGCCCCUCUCCAUCCUCCCCGCCUACCGCCCCCUCCCCAUCCGCCUGGUUCGCAACCCCCCUCGCAUCCGCUUCUCCCCCCAAGUGCGGGCUUUAAUUGCCAAAGCGGACGAAAUCGGGCGGCGCACGCAGUACUUUGUGGACGGCUUCAUGCCGCACAAAAGACAACACCGCAUGGCGGGGCUUGCCGCCCUGGAUCUGAUGCAGAGAGUGAAUGCCACGUGGCAGCAUAUGAUUGGGGAACGGAAGGCGAGGGAUCGGGACGGGGAGGGGGAGGGUGAAGGACUAGGGGAUGAUGAAGCAGCGCAGAGGAGGAGGGCUGAUGGCAGUAGGGUCGAUGGUCGUAAUGGUGAUGAUGGUGAUGAAAGGGAUACAGAGGAUAGUGAUAGUGACAAUAGCGAAGGGAGCAGUAGAGGAAGGAGCAGCACGGGCAGUAGGUCGGGUGGGAGGGGCACACAUAGAGGGUCCCGACGAAAGACUCCCCGAGUGUCCCUCCAAUCAUCCGCAGCAGGAAAGAGAUCCAAGGGCCGAGAUAAGCCCGCCGGCUCAUCCGGCCAAUCCAACGGUGCACAGCUGAUCUCGGGGUGGAGAGACAUGUUCGAUGGGAUCAUAAGGUGGAGGCAGCAUGCGGAACCCUGCGAUACAAUCACAUGGAUCGACCAGCUCAAAAACGAAUACCCCAAGGGCUUCGGUACAAUCACAGCCAUGCGGGUCGGGCAAAUGCACAACUUAAAAUACUACCCCUUUCAGGACUGGGCGUUUGAAGUUAUGAGAUCCGUUCUGCUGGAGACUGAAAUGGCGUCGAAUGCGACCAACUGGCCGCUGCCGGUGCCGCGGCGGGUGCACGGGAGGGCGAUUGAGGCGGCGGGGGACUUUGGGGAUUUACACCGUGUGGUGGGGGAGAACUUCUAUGUUACCACUCAGUGUUACAGCGAGGCGUUUCCGGGGCGAGUGAUGAACGGCACGCAGCUGACCCUCGUGGAGGCCUCAGGCUCAUAUGACUUCACCAUUCGUACAGCCGUCACCCCCGAGCGCAGCGCAGAGUUUUUCCAGGAGCUUCAGAAGACAUGGGAGGAGCUCAGUGACGCAGCCACAGACACACACUUGCGGGCCACCGAUGUGCACCAGUACCGGCGGCGCGUGAGGGAGGGCGUGCUGCGGAUGGGGUACUACUGGUAUCAGUUCAUGCCGCUCACCCGUGGGUCGGCGAUGGUUGGCAUUAUCUCCAUCCUCGGCCUCUCCCUGGCUGCUGACAUGGAGACGCUCUCACUCAUCCCCAAGAACGUUCAGGGACGGUGCAGGGAAGGUGCGCCGCGGUCGUCCGCAAUGUAUUGGAUUAAAGCCAGGGUCCCAUGCGCCGCGCAGCCGCGCUCUGUCGCGCUAAUAACUGCCCGCGCCGCGCAAUCGUGCAGCUCGCGGCAAUAUCCCGCGCCCGCCAGUCCAGCUGUAGUGCGCAACUCCCGCGCAUUAUUACUUCUUCCCCGCGCCAGUAACCGCGCGAAUUCCCCGUGCGCGAACUCAGCCGCUUGUUUUUCGCGCGCGGACUUGCGCGCCAGGCGGGAUAUUGAUUCACAUUCGAUUAGAUCGCGUAGCUCAUGGGGGCUGAGGCCGCUGACGUGGCAGCAGCAGGAGAGGCGGCAGCAGGAGGAGAGGCGAGGGGUUCAGGGUAGCAGAGGGUGCAAGGAGGCGCGGAGGGGGUUCAGGGUUUGUGCAGUGGCGAAUUCUGGGGAGGAGCGAUGGAGCCUGAAACGAGCCGGAAGUGGGCUAGAAGGGAGUGAUACUAGCGAAAAUGACUCGAACGACAUCGAUGCCAAGGGUGACUCUAACGAAAGCGGACUGGAGGGGGAGGGAAGAAGAGAGGAGGAGAGAGGGGAAGGAGUGAAAGGGGAAGGAGGAGAGGUGGUUGGAGAUAAGGUGGAAGUGGGGAAGGGUCAAGUGAAGAAGCCGCUUAACGUGGUGCUUGUGUGUCCUCAGAUCCCCGGCAACACAGGGUCCAUUGCCCGCACAUGUGCUGCCACGGCCGUUCCACUGCACCUGGUGAAGCCUCUAGGAUUUGACAUAACGGACUCGAAGCUCAAGCGGGCAGGGCUGGACUACUGGCCGUACGUGGUGGUGAAUGUGCACGACACCUGGGGGGCAUUCAUGGAGUAUUUCAGGCAGCAGCCGGAGCCCAAGCGGCUGAUUGCCUUUUCCAAACGAGGCUCUGUUCCCCACCAUGAUAUCAAGUAUCAGCCGGGUGAUUGGCUGUUGUUUGGAGCUGAAACAUUUGGCUUGCCACCAGAGGCCAUCACAGAGUGUUCAAAAGGGGACUAUGCAGGAGGGAUUGCUCGCAUUCCUAUAGACGAAACAUAUGUCCGCUCUUUAAACCUGGCAGUGUCAGCAGGAGUAGGAGUGUACGAGGCAUUGCGACAGAUUGAGGGUCAUGCAGGCAAUGCUAGUAAUGGGAAUUAG